AUGUCGGGGCCCCCGCAAGGGCCCGGGCCUGUGAGGGCCAUGAGCGUAGGGAAUGGUCCGCCCAGUGCUGGCUUACCACCACACAGCGCGAUGCCUCCGCAAGGCGGUCCACCACCACCAGGUUCUUCUGGACCGCAAUCGCAGCAGAAUUUGAACCAAAUAGUACUUGAAUAUCUCUCCAAGAAGGGCUAUGUCCGCACCGAAGCGAUGCUCCGCAAGGAGUCCGAACCGCAAACCAACGGUCAGCCUCUGACAGCGCAGAGUACCGAAGCUGGCGGCGCGAAGUACACGAAGGCGUUUGAGCUUCUGCGCAAAUACACCGAGGACAAUUUGGACUUGUACAGGCCGGAGCUACGUAAGCUACUAUGGCCUGUCUUCGUCUACUCGUUCUUGGACUUGGUUCGCGACUUCUACACAAAGGAUGCAGAGACGUUCUUUACGGCCUAUCACGGCUUGUUCGAGCGGGACCACGACGAGGACGUCAAGACACUUCGUCAGGUGCGGCUACAAGCUCACUUACAGGAGAGUCGCAUAGCGAAGCUGUACCUCGACAACAAGUAUCGUAUAACGCUGACAACUAUGCCAUUCUUUAACCUAGUUCAAUUCCUUGAAUCCAAGCACUUUGACGGAGGUUCGACAAUCAUUGACGUCAUUCGGGAGCACCUGAACAUCGUCACAGUUGACCGAACUGCAACUGCGGAGAAAAGCAUCGCAGCCAUUCUUGCUAGCGGACAUGGCGAAGACGAGCUUCCGGCAGAAGACGAAGGCAUUCCAGGCCACGCUCCCGGUCAUCCGCUCACCACGCGCCACGAUCCUGACGCCGACGCAGCGCGCAUUAGGCUGCAAUUGGGGGCAUACCCACAAGAGCAAGAGCUACAAGACGACGUUCGAGCUGCUCUGCAGGACGAGGACGCUAAGUCCGCGCCAAGACCAGGUCAGCUGAGUUUGGUAGAGGAAUUUGAGCAACGUAUUAAACGUGAGCCCACAGAGGACGGUCCGUCGCGUGAGUUUGUUCCUCUGCCACCCUCGCUUGCUCGCGACGUCUCCAUGGAAGUUCAAAAGAUCAUUGAACACCGUGAUCGCUACAAGAUGGAAGGCAGAACUGGCGGUGUUGGUCCCGCCGUCAGCGUUACCAUGUACACCUUUCACAACACGUACGACAGCAUCAACUGCAUAGACUUUUCAGGCGACAAUCAGCUUGUAGCUGCUGGUAUGAAUGAGUCUUACAUUCGUGUUUGGUCCAUGGACGGCAGUCCUCUGACCUCCCCCAACGACACUGCCAACACCCAACCUUCAUCUUCUCGGCGCUUAGUCGGUCACUCUGGUCCUGUAACUGCAGUCGCAUUCUCUCCGUCGACUGCAAACCCUGAUCCCAACGGACCUCCGACCAACUCGGAAUGUCUGCUGUCCUGCUCGGAAGAUAAGACUGUCCGACUAUGGUCACUGGACACAUACACUUGUCUUGUCGCCUACCGCGGCCAUGAUAAUCCGGUAUGGGACGUUCAGUGGGGACCCUAUGGGCAUUACUUCCUCACUGGCUCGAACGACCGCACUGCACGUCUUUGGUCAACCGAUCAUAUUGAGCCUCUGCGCAUCUACGUCGGCCAUGACAAUGACGUCGAUUGUGUCACUUUCCAUCCAAACAACCUCUACAUCUUCACAGGCUCUUGCGACCGCACAGUACGCAUGUGGCAUAUUGCCGGUGGCAACUGUCUGCGCCUGUUCACCGGUCACACUGGCAAUGUCACAGCCAUAUCAUGUUCUCCCGACGGUAAGACACUUGCGUCCGCCGACGAUGCGGGCAACAUCAUACUGUGGACACUCGACACUGGCAGACGGAAGAAGCGCAUGCGUGGACACGGCAAGGGUGGUAUCUGGUCGCUUUCCUGGAGCGUCGAGUCCAGUGUCCUAGUCUCUGCUGGAGCGGACAAGACAGUACGCGUUUGGGAUGUGCUGCAGGAGCCCAGCGAGAAGGCUACUGAUGGUGUGGCUGCGAAGGCGGAUGGUGCCAUGACCACCAAAGGUGCAAGCGGAACGACGGUGACAGGAAAGAAGACCAGUAAGGAGACUGGUGUCUCGGCAGAUCAGAUCAGUGUGUUCCCAACAAAGGAGAGCCCCGUGUACAAGGUGCAGUUCACUCGAAUGAACUUGGUCCUUGCUGGUGGUGCAUAUCUCCCGACUCGGCCUUAG